AUGCACGUGUCACUGGCAGAAGCCUUGGAGGUCCGAGGAGGCCCACUCCAGGAGGAGGAGGUCUGGGCGGUGCUGAGUCAGAGCGCCGAGAGUCUCCAGGAGCUCUUUCACAAAGACCCCUCAGCGAUGGGUUUCAUCAUCUCCCCGUGGUCGCUCCUGCUCAUGCCCUCAGGCAACAUCUCCUUCACAGACGAGUAUGUCACCCAACAGGACCUAAAAGCCUUCACAGCCCCUGAAGUCCUUGAGGGGAACACCCUGACGUCUGUCUCUGACAUAGAGAAGAUGCACAUGUACUCUUUGGGGAUGACCCUCUUCUGGGGAGCUGACUAUGAAAUACCCCAAAGCCAGCCCAUGAAGUUGGGAGAACACCUCAACAGCCUCCUCCUCAACAUGUGCGACGAUGUCACGUUGAGUCGAAUGUCGCUGCGCACGGUGCUGGACAUCUGCAGCAAACACAUUCGAAACUCCACUUGUGACCCUCCCUUUUCUUACGUUCGGAAGCUGGUUCGCUUGGUGCUCGGAAGCCUUUCCCAGCUGGACGGUCUGCUGACUGACAGAGAGUCUCUUCCUGAGCGAAGUAAGGAAAUACGGGAGAGGCUGAGAGGGAAAGGAUUGCCUUCAGGAAGGAGUGCAGCCCCAAGGGUGCUGGAGCGCUAUCGUGCUAGGACUCAGGAACAAAGCUCUCUCAACCGGGGUCUCAGUCGCUCCAUGGGAUCCCUAUCAGUGCACAACACUGACGAAGGGGCUGCCCUCCAGUUUCCGCAGUUUGACUAUCACCCUGACUCUGAAUACACAGGGGAAAUGUGCCCCACGUUCAUCUCACUCGAUCACCAGCAGUCCUACCCCUACCUGCACCCACUUCACCCCCAGCAAAAGGGCCGACCGGUCGAACUGGACCGCAGGUCUUUACCGUUCCACAACGCAGACCUGAGAGUGGCGCAGACAAGGAAGUCCUGGGCUUCAUCCGUGGACUUGGCCUGCAUCGACCCUGAGGCUCUUCGCUUCGGAGCCUUGGAGGACGCGCGUCGAGGUAGCAGCGCGUUAAGCACGCAGACUAUCGGCAGGGUCAAAUCAGCAUUCGCAUCUAGAGAGAGGGACCCUCGCUUUUUGGAGUUUGGUGGACUGAAGAUGCGGAACACCCAUCACCUCUCUACCCCGUCAGUCGGAUCAGGCUUGGCCGGUGCUUAUGACCGAAUCAAGGAGCGACAGAGGAAGCUGCAGAUGUUACGGCAAGCGGUGGACGAACCGAAUCUCACGCACCACAGGCAUCACAGUGAUUAUAGCUCCUCCAGUGAAAGCCCCUCGGUUACCUCCUCUGAUCCUGACUACAGGCAAGGGAAGAAAACGUCUGACGCGAAACGAUUUGGCUCUCAGCUAGGACUCUCUUCAGAACAUGAUUCCCUCUCCAUCACUAGUCAUAACACACAGAGGCACAGGCAAUAUGAAGGUGCAACUGAUGAAGGUCUGUCAGGAGCUGAGCUUCUCCUCCAGAAGCAGGAAGAAGAAGUGCAGCGCCUGCAGGCUCACCUGGCCAACAGAUUAUCCCGCGCCAAUUUGUACUCCUUGGAUGAUCCCUUGGCUGCUCCUCACACAUCUUUGAUGGACCUUCAGGACCCGCUGUACACUUCACUGCCACUGCGUAGACCUAAGCAGUAUCACGGGCCAGAAUUUGUGAAGAUGGCCAGUGAGCCCAGCGUUGCACUCAACGUUUCCUCUUCCAUAAUGAAGCGUAAGGGUGAUGAAGUUCAGAGAAAGGUGGGUGUGGUGCUGCUCAACGGCCAGAAACUGGAGCUAAACUGUGACGUCAAGGCCUCGUGUAAAGACGCCUUGGAUAUGGUGAUUGCCCACGUGGGCUUGAUAGAACGCCAUCUCUUCGGCCUAGCCUACCUGAUGGAUAACGAGUUUUUCUUCGUUAAUCCUGAUGCCAAGCUGUCCAAAGUUGCGCCUGAGACAUGGAAGAAGAAACCCGACGUGCCUUUUAACCUUUUUCUCCGUAUCAAGUUUUUCGUCGAUGACGUCAACCUGAUUCAACAUGUGAUGACCAAACAUCAGUACUAUCUGCAGCUGAGGAAGGACAUUCUGGACGAGAGGAUGCGCUGCGACAUGGAAAAUGCCAUUUUGUUGGCCUCGUUGGGGCUUCAGGCAGAAUUUGGUGACUACCAGCCUGAGCUCCACGGAAAGACCUACUUCCGAGUGGAGCACUAUCUGCCUGUGUCAGUUUUGGACAAGAUAGACCAGACGACGAUAAAGGAAGAGCUGCCGAAACUUCACAGCAACUACUACGGAGCAUCUGAGUCAGAUGCAGAGUUUGAGUUCCUCAAGAUGUGCCAGAGGCUGACCGAGUACGGUGUUCAUUUCCACCGUGUCCUCCCAGAGAAGCGGUCACAGACGGGAAUCAUGCUGGGCGUCUAUACUAAAGGAGUUCUUAUUUUUGAAGUCCUGAAUGGAAAUCGAACCCCAGUGCUAAGGUUCCCCUGGAGGGAGACCAAAAAGAUUUCGUUUACAAAAAAGAAGAUUUGCCUUCAAAACACAUCUGACGGAAUCAAGCAUGUCUUCCAGACGGACAGCAACAACACGUGUCAGUAUCUGCUCCAGCUCUGCUCCGACCAUCACAAAUUUCACCAGCAGAUGAGAGCCCACCAAAGCAACCAGGAGCUCAAGGACCUCGCUAACAGCCCUUUAACUGGGUUGCAAUACUCAACUGAUCAUCCUCCUGUAGUGAGCAGAACGUUGAGCUCAGGCAGCCUGGCCACUGCGUUAUCCACACACUCCAACCCAGAGCACCUGAAGAGAAUCUCUUAUUCAGAAGUGGCCCUCAACAAGGCGCCCUCCACCUCCCUUUUGAACCACAAUCAGCUUAAUUUUCCUGGGUUCCAUCCAGCAAAGGGACCCCCUAAACCUCGGCCUAUCAGCCGUUCCCUGCACAAUCUUGGGCAGACACCAGAAGGCUCCGAGCAGGGUGCAGUGGAGCCUUAUGGCGGGGGACUGUCUCGAAUAAUACCUGGUCAGCGUGCCAGUUCAGACACGGAUUCGCUCUCGCAACAGACCAACACUCCAGCUUGGAGUCAUUUUGAGUCUAAAAGAGAAUCGGACUCUUCUUCCAUUGAAGAUGUGGGCCAGGCUUAUGUGAUGGGGGUUAGUAUGCACAAUUCCUCUGGACUACCCUCCACCCCAACCUCUACUAAUGAUUCCCUGAAGAAAAAAGUUAACGCUCUGCCAUCUCCUGAGAGGCAAAUCACAUUUGUAAACCUGAAGAAAGAUGUGAAAUAUGGCCUUGGUUUCCAGGUGGUAGCUGGGGAGAACUCCGGUCCCGCUGAUAUGGGUACCAUCAUCAGCGCCGUCACACCUGGGGGUCCUGCUGAUGUUAAUGGUUAUCUCAAACCCGGGGAUCGCCUGAUUGCUGUCAAUGACCUGAACCUGGAAGGACUUUCUCAUGCCACUGCCAUUGAAGUACUUCAGAAUGCGCCAGAUGAUGUCCUGCUAGUUGUGUCGCAGCCUAAGGAGAGUCUCUGCAAAGAGUCUUCACCUGAAGCUUCUCCAGAAAAGACCAAUUCUAUAGUGGCAGCAUUAAAGUCCACUCAACAAGAACUGGAAGUUCCUUCAACGGAUCACAGCGCAACAGUGAGAUCUAGCGCGCCGACCUCCCGCCACCAACCUUCACCCACCUUGCCUAUCCGAUUAAGUUCUCAACCCAGUCAAGACAUGAUGAGCACCAUUCCGACAAUCAUGCUGUCGCCAUCUAACCAAGUCCAAAAGUGCCUCGAUAGGGCGAAUACCAUGCCCGAGUCCCAAGAUUCAUCCCUGGAACCUCCUCCUCCGGCUUUGCCACCAAAAACCCGGAAGGCGAAACUCUUAGAAGCGCCAAAGCUUUCAGAGUAUUCUGACGGCGGGGAUUCAGACUUGGAAGAUGAGAGUCAGUCCAAAAGUCAAGAGAAACUAAUAGUCAAUAAGGACUACCACAGGGAACAAUUAAAUGGUAAUGCCUCAGGUGUCAGUAGCCUCCGGCCCGGAGAGUUAUUUGACAUUGUGCUGUCCAAAAAAGACAGCAGCCUGGGCAUAAGUGUCACGGUACUGUUCGGCAAGGGAGGAGUGAACACGACCAUUCAGCAUGGCGGCAUUUAUGUGAAGGCCAUCCUUCCACAAGGAGCUGCUGAUCUUGAUGGAAGGAUACAUAGAGGGGACCGUGUAGUUGCGGUCAACGGAAAGUCACUUGAGGGUGCCUCUCAUCAGCAGGCAGUUGACGUGCUUAGAGACACUGGGCAGACGGUGAAUUUGUUGCUCGAGAGGGGUUAUCCUCCUACAGAAACGAUCCAUGCUCCAGUUACUCCUCAGUGCACACCGCUGCACUCCUUUAAUCACAGCACAAGAGAACCAACCAAGAAAAAAGACACAUCUCGGAAGCUCAAAGAAAAGCUGGAGUACUGCUUUUUAACGCCGGACAAUGUAUUUGAUGUUCGCCUGGUGAAGAACGCCUCAGGACUGGGUUUCAGCUUCAGUCGGGAGGAGUACAUCACAGACGAGGCUCCGGGGUCCAGUAUGGUACGCGUGAAGAAGCUGUUCCCCGGCCAGCCGGCUGCCGAGAGCGGCCGCAUCAACGUGGGCGACGUCAUCAUGCGCGUUAAUCAAACGCACCUCAAAGGACUUUCGCAGCAUGAGGUAAUAUCAGCUUUGCGAGGGACAGGACAGGAAGUAACGUUACGUCUCUGUAGACCGGAAAGGGGUGUUCUUCCAGAGAUGGACUCCUCAAUUUUGACACCCAACCCAUCUCCCCGCAAAGAGCUGCUCACACCACCAAAGCCUGAUCUGCCAAGGACCAAAUCUUGUCCUCCGCAGGAUGACAAAAGAAGUCUAAGCAGCGUGGCAGAAGCCCUGGAGAGACUUCGGCUCAAAUCCAACGACAGUGCCGAGGACUCGCUGGAGGCGCCGAGUCUUAAAUACGCCAACAGCGCAGAAAACCUCCUGGACAGACUCCAGGUUAAAAGCCCCGGCCAGCGCAACAGCUACAGCGACAGCACGGACGGUGAUGAAGAAGUGGAGGAGGCGUUUAGCCCAAGCGCCUUGGAGCACAGCGGGCAGACAUGGGAGCGCACAGUCUACCAGACCCCCAGUGCUGGCAGCCUGGGAGUUGGAUCCCACGACAGCAGUGGGCAGCUGGAGGAAAGCAUCAACUCUGGCUUCUACUCACCACAAAUGGUCAUUACCAGACUACAACAAAGCAAGAGGAAUCAAGAAUCUAUACUGCGCCAGGCAUCGUCCCAGACAGCACCGAGUCCAGAUCCCCUUCCUCCUCCUCUUCCUAUGCCUUUAAAUCUCUCUAUGCCAUCAAACGGACCAGAGAUGGAGGAACUUGUCCCGGAAGUGGAGCUGAAGGUCUCGCUCAUGAAGUCCGAAAAGGGCAGCCUGGGCUUCACGCUGACCAAAGGCAGCGAUCAUGGUUGUUACAUCCAUGACAUUGUUCAAGAUCCAGCCAAAAGCGACGGACGGCUCAGGCCGGGUGACAGAAUGAUUAAGGUGAACCAAACGGAUGUGAGCAACAUGGGCCACACCGAGGUGGUCGACUUAGUGCGUGCAGAGCCUCGGCUGGUAGAAUUGGUAGUAGGCAGGGUAUUGGAUGGACCAAAACAGUACAUUGAUGCUCACCUGCUGCCAGACAUCUGCUUCAAAGACAGCAACAGACCACUUGGUUUGGUGCUGGACGGCGGUCAGGACAGCGUGUAUGGUGUCGUGUUUGUGAAAGACGUCCUCGCUGGAUCGGCGGCUUUUGAAGAAGGCAGCCUGAGACCACUGGACCUCAUCCAUUACAUUAACGGCGCGCCUACUCAGGACCUCACCCUCAGCGAAAGUGCUAGACUGCUAGAACUUUCUCGCGGCAACCUGACCCUCAAAGCCACAAGGGAUGGUAAGCCUGUUUUUCCAGGGGAAAAUGUGUCUUCUCUCAACACCAACAUUGGCUCCAACGUAUCAGCUAGCAUUAAUGGGUUCCUCACAGCAGAAGAUCCAAUGGAGACAGAGUUCUUCACAGCGCUGUCUUCUUUAGAGGAGGAGGUGAUCAAAUUAGAGCUGGAGAAGCCUCAAUCGGGAGGUCUCGGUUUCUCCGUUAUCGGGGGUGAGCGAGGGAUCUUCGUCAAAUCCAUCACAGCGGGCGGAGUGGCCGAGGCCUCGGGCCAGUUGCAAGUGGGCGACAGACUGCUGAAAGUGAAUGAGGAGCCAAUGACGGGCGUCUCGCACACCAAAGCUGUAACCACCAUUCGAAAAGCCAGAGGUUUGGUAUCCCUGAUGGUUUCCAGACCACCUGAUCAAAACCCCAACACCUACUUGGCCUAUCUGCCCAUCAGUGCUGAUAAAUGCAAUGGAAACGCAGAUCUUAGUGAGGAUAGCGGCGUGAAGACUAAGCUGUGUAGUCCUCAUAACAUCGUGAAAUCUGGCGGCCCACCAUUACCGCCACCCGACUAUGACGAAGGUUCCCACCAUCCCAAAAGGGAGCACAGCGCGGAACUCUCCGAGGACACGGACUACGAUGGCUCUUCGUUACCUGAAGACUCGCCUGAGAGUUCCCGGAAAGUUGAAUGGAUGGAGGAGAGUGUGGACGCCCCGAGCAAUGAAAAUUAUCUGCAAAUGGGCGCCGGUCAGCCAGAAGAUGAUGACGUCAUCACGUGGGGGAGCGAUGAAUUACCCAGUGAAAAUAACUCCAAACUGAGAAAAGCUGGACCUAUCAUCACCGAGAACGAGCUGACCUCCUUGCCACUGGUGGAGGUCAUCCCCGACGGCCAGUACACGGGUGUCAAGCUCAACGGCGUUGUUCGCAUGAUGAAGGGACUUUUGGACCAGAAAGUCCCUCAGCAGGAGUUUGAGAAUCUUCAAAAUCUUCAACCCCUGGAUGACUGUUUGGUGGGCCAGACGAAGGAGAACAAGAGGAAGAACCGCUACAAGAAUAUUGUCCCUUUCGACACGACACGAGUGGUGCUCGGCACAAACGGCGGCUACAUCAACGCCAACCACAUCAACAUGCCCGUGAAGGAUGAGAACUUUACAUACAUCGCCUGCCAGGGACCUUUGCCCACCACCAUGGGCGAUUUCUGGCAGAUGGUAUUGGAGCAAAAGGCCAACGUGGUCGCCAUGAUGACGCAGGAGAUCGAGGGCGGCAAGGUCAAGUGCCAACGCUACUGGCCCGAUUCGCCGGGCAGCACCGAGAUGGUGGACGAGCGUCUGCAGAUCAAGCUGGUGAAAGAUCAAUACCUGGAUCACUUUGUUAUACGACUCAUGGAGGUCAAAGACGUGACGACGGACGAAACUCAGCUGGUGACGCACCUGAACUACACGGGCUGGCCCGACCACGGGACGCCGUCGGAGCCUGAGCAGCUGCUCACCUUUAUCUCAUACAUGAGGCACGCGCAUCGCUCUGGUCCCAUCAUCACGCACUGCAGCGCCGGCAUCGGCCGCUCUGGAACGCUCAUUUGCAUUGACGUCGUCCUCGGUCUCAUCAGCAAAGACGCAGAUUUCGACAUAUCGGAUGUGGUACGAAACAUGAGACUUCAGCGAAAGGGAAUGGUCCAGACAGAGGACCAGUAUAUCUUCUGUUACCGGGUUAUCCAUUACGUGCUGGAAUGCCUUCAAGACGAGAAAAACAUCUCAGGAUAG